CCGAAACGCGGCUUUUCUUAAAAACAAGCGCAGAUACACUGUAAGACGGAGGCGUCGUUCAAUGGCAGAACUUAUUCUAGCCGCUGUCGGAGCAGCGGACUUAUGCCUUAGGUACGGAGAUAAACUCUUAAAGGUUUAUCAAGCCUUUAAGCAAGCAGACGAGAAUAUUAAGGCUAAAAUUCUCCUAAUUGAGUCGACAUGGAGUCAAAUGGCGAUACAAGUGGAAUUCGUCCAACGAAUUGCUCAUACCAUGAGCUUGGAUCACUGUCGUAUCCACUUCGAAGUGCUGGAGAUGUUGCAGACCAAGUUACAGGUCGCCAUCAAGAAAGUCGAACCCUUAUUAAAGGAAAAUCCGGCAAAAGCACAUGAAAGUCGGAUUAAAAGAUGGAAAUAUGUGCUCGUUCGCGAAUCACUCGAUAAGACAAUUUCCGACCUCGAACAGUGGCAGCGCAUCUUCGACCCCACAUGGUAUUUAAUCAUCCUGAUAAAAGAUAAGGCAGUUGACUCGGAGCUGCUAGAGAAAUCCACACUAUCCAGAAACAACUCUUAUAGCAACUCUUAUGGUGAAGAGCAAGGCAAUACGAGCGUAUCAUCUAGUUCCACCCUGGUUACCAUACAGAAUUUGCGAAACAUACUCAAGAAUGUCAAGAAUGAGUCGACACCCGGUACCCAUGUUACGCUCCCCGCAGAAGGGUUAGACUGGGAAAGGGCACAGAAGAUUCCAUACUCAACCACACGACUCAUUCCCCGUAUGGGGUCCAACAAAUUAUUUCUCGUGGAUACAAUGCUCUGCGACUCAACCCUCGAUAUUCCUCGAGCAAGGGCUGAUGCAGAAUCUCUAGCGAGGAAACUCAAGCAGGUCGAGAAUGCUAAUUUCGGUCUUCUCUCAUGCCAGGGCCUCGUCAAACGGAGAACACAUCCAACGGGAACUCUAUCUUCUAUCGAUCUAGUCUUCAAAGUUCCAAUCGAAAGAAGGAAGCCCGUCAGCCUACGAUCAGAACUCUUGCAGCGCCCCGUAAUGAAUUUAAGUACCGUUAUAGAUAUCGCGAGACAGUUGGCGAUGGCAGUCAGCUUUGUCCACACGUGCGAUUUCGUACAUAAGAAUAUUCGACCCGAGACGGUAUUAAUCCUAGCGAAUUCCGAUUCGGAAUUAACAGAAGGGAGGAUUUCCCCUGGGGCUGUCCAACUUUUAGGCUUCGAUCGAUUCCGUAGCGUCAACUUCUCUACCAUGCGUCGUGGCGAUACGGCUUGGGAGCGCAACCUUUAUCGUCACCCCCUACGGCAAGGCCUACACGCGCAGGAAGAUUAUGUGAUGCAACACGACGUGUAUAGUCUUGGGGUCUGUCUGCUAGAGCUUGGACUAUGGAAAUCAUUCGUGAUAGACGGGAAAAGUGAAGAGGCACAUAUCAAGGAUGAGGACUCAAGAAAAAUUCCAUCACCAACCCUAGGGUUGACUUUAGACGAUUUUAAUCAAGACACAGGAUCGCCAGCAGAACCAGCAACACGGAUAAAGGACCAUCUCGUCCAAUUGGCCAGAUCUCAGCUACCACAACGGAUGGGAAAUAAGUAUACAGCUGUUGUAGUUACAUGCCUCACCUGCUUGGAUGAGGAGAAUGAGGACUUUGGCGAUCAAGAGGACAUGCGUGACGAGGACGGGAUUUUAAUCGGUGUUAGGUUUAUUGAAAAGAUAUUGCUUAGACUAAGCGAGAUAUCAAUAUGACAGAAUCUAAAUACCUAUCGCGUCGCGGAUCUACUCUCCUCUAGCUUCUUGAUCUGGGCCUCUAUUUCGGGUACCAACGAAACCAGAUAUUCAAAUUCCUUGAGGUUGAGAGAGAUGCUAUCCUUAGUUGCUCGCAAUUUACCGUCACUAGAAACCCGAAACCAACCCCAGAUGUCUAUCCGGACCUCCGAUCGAUACCACUCAACGCCCACGUAUCGGCGCCUUAUAUGUUUACUUCGCCAAUUUGGUCCGAUUAGCUCUUUACGCUAAAGACCGGCGUCGGCAAUGCCAGUUGGAAUGAGUUCUUGCGAAGCUUUUCCUGAUUCGAAUGGCAUGAUAGCGUUGUUUGAUGUCUUUGAGAUGAUAAAUUUUGAAGUGCACGCUCAUAUAUGUAUUGUGGACUUGUAUAGAUGUCUUUUGGUUGUGUAGAGUGACCAUAGUAGAGAAACCGGGCUCAUCUGGAUGGAUAUUAACCCCUAUUUAUAUUAUAUGGACGAGAUAGAAAUGUUUCCUUUAUCAGUCAAUCUUAUAGAGUUGAU